AUGGCGCUCGCUACAGAGAUACUAGCAGCACGCGUCGAAGAGGCCGUCGGCUUUCUGGAGAAUCUCCCCGACGAUCUAAGCGGCGUGUAUCAAUGGCACCACUUCAUCAACGAGCUAUACCCCAGACUUCACCUCGCCUCCUUCACGCGAAUGGACGUCGCCCUGGAAUGCCUCGAUAAGGUCCUCUUCAACAACGCUUUCGUCAAGUCCUGUCUUACAAUCAAAUACAAGAGACAGGAAGAAGUCUGGACUCUCGGCAAUGGCCAAGUUGGAGGACUCGGCGCCACAGAAAUGUACUCAGAUGGCAGCUACCUUCUGAGUAUCUGCGUUGAUGGGCAUGAGAAUGGAACUCCCUGGGAGAUUCUGGAAACUCUGUUGCACGAAAUGUGCCAUGUCUUCACCAUGAUGAUUUUGGGAAAUGCGAGCGAGCAUCACGGAAAGCAGUGGCAGAUUCUGGCAAUGGCAGUGGAGAGAGAGAUGACCAGAUUGAUGGGUGAUAGAGUCAAACUUGGUCGACGAUUCGCGGCAAGAUAUGAUGUUAAGCAGGAGAAAUGCCCGCACUUUUCGACGGAGGAGAUUGAGCUGUUCUUUGAAAGCUCAGAUCCAAGGAACAAGGAAAAGCUGAGGUGUGAUUGCUUUUCGACGACGGAUGUUGCCAAUGGCUGUAAUCCUGAUGCUACAUCCGGAGAUCCAACCGCGGAGAGCGGCAACGAUUGGACAAACCCAAUCAUCAUUGGAGAUUGA